AUGAAAGACACUUUUUCGACUCGUCAGUUUCCAAAUCCUCCUUUGCGGAUGAAAGCCGGCUUGUCUGCGCGCUGGCUCUUCUGCGUUACUGCAGGCACAGUCUUACUUGUUUGGUGUUCAGUCGAUGCGUAUCUCGCUACGGGUCUGAAGUUCCUUAAAACUGCUGAGCGGCCCCCAAUUGAAGAGUAUAUCCUUCGAAGGAACAAUCUCGCAAAAGCUCUUGUAGCGGAAGAUGUUGAUGCUUUUGUUGUGGAACCCGGCUUCACGUUCAGCUACUAUGCAAAUAUCACCCAGCCUGAAUGGGAGGUCUGGGAACCUGAAGAGCGCCCUUUCGUCAUGAUCAUUCGACCUGAGAGGUUGUCAGAUGGAAGUGUCGUGGCCAACACCUCGUUCUUGGUUCCGAGUUUUGAGGAGACGCGUGCGAGACUGCUCGAUAUGCCGUUUGAAGAGGAGAUACACACUAUUACGUAUGAAGAGCAUUGGAAUUACUACACCACUCUGUACGAGUCAGAAAUCUGGGGUGACACUCUUUCCCCGGUUCUCAUGGUCGAUGAAGAAAUGCGGGAUUUCAUCCAGCGGGGCCUAUCUUCUAACGGGUUCACCGUCGUAGGCCUAGGCGGCGAGGUGGAAGCGGUGCGACAGGUCAAGACUGAGCGUGAAAUCGGAAUAUUGAAAGCUGUCAAUACAGGAACCGUGGAAGCUAUUCGAGCGAUGAGAACGUGUCUCUAUCCAGGUGUCACAGAAAACGAAGUCGCUGCGAUACUCGAUGACACCAUGAGAGCAGCAGGGUUGGAUCCGUUCUUCGACAUUGUGGAAUUUGGCAAAUCUGCAGCCCUGCCCCACGGCGGCUAUGACGGGAGUAGGAAGCUUGAGCCCGGAAUGUUCGUACUCAUCGAUGUCGGGGCACAUCUAUAUGGGUACAGUAGCGACGUGUGCCGCACGUUCUAUCCUCCAUUCUUUUCGAACCCUCCGCCUUCGAAACACAACGUCACUGAACAGCUGGAUGUGUGGCAGAUCGUCCUCGAUGCUCAGUCUGCAGCCGUGAACGCCAUGGUACCUAAUGCUACUGCUGCGUCGGUGGAUAUAGCCGCCCGCAGUGUAAUCAAAGCAGCAGGAUAUGGGAAGUACUUCACUCAUCGCUUGGGGCAUAGUAUUGGGAUCAAGGCCCACGAAAGCCCGUACCUCAACAAAGGAAACUUUGGGGCGGUGCUUCGUCCGGGCAUGGUGUUUACAGCGGAGCCAGGGGUCUACGUGCUAGACAAGUUCGGAGUCCGUCAUGAAGAUGUUCUAGUUGUGAGAGAAGAUGGGGAGGCAGAGAACAUCAGUGGUGGAUUCGCACAUGGCCCUUGGGAUCCUUAG